GGGAGUGGGAUGUUGUUUCCAUGGGCUGGCGGGGGGGUGGGAGAUGCAGUAGUGGCCGUCCACCACCAUCUGUGUGCUGACGACAGUGAAGCUGGCAGGAUGACGGCUCCGCUCCGCUUUGAUGGUCGAGUGGCUAUAGUCACGGGAGCUGGGGGCGGUCUUGGCCGUGCCUAUGCUCUCAUGUUCGGGUCUCGUGGUGCUAAGGUGGUUGUGAAUGACUUGGGUGGCGACACAAAAGGGCAAGGCAAGAGCUCGAGCGCUGCAGACAAGGUUGUGGAGGAGAUACGCAGUGCAGGAGGGACAGCUGUAGCCAACUAUGAUUCAGUAGAGGAUGGAGCAAAUAUUGUUCAAACUGCACUAGAUAAUUUUGGCCGUGUGGACAUCCUGGUGAAUAAUGCUGGCAUCUUGAGGGAUAGAUCCUUCGCUCGUAUCUCUGACACAGAUUGGGAUUUGGUUCAUCGUGUACAUCUGCGAGGAGCGUUCAUGGUCACAAGGGCUGCAUUUCCAAUCAUGAAGCAGCAGAAAUAUGGUCGCAUCAUCAUGACUGCCUCAACAUCUGGAGUCUAUGGCAACUUUGGCCAGGCUAAUUACAGUGCUGCCAAACUAGGAUUAUUGGGCCUUAGCAAUACUGUGGCCAUUGAAGGAUAUAAAUACAAUAUCCGCUGCAACGCCAUUACACCCGUGAGCGGCACUCGCAUGACAGAGGGCAUUUUACCUCCAGAAAUGUAUGAGGAAUUUAAGCCAGAACUUGUGGCUCCACUGGUGUUGUGGUUGUGCCAUGAAGACUGUGAAGACAGUGGUGGACUAUUUAAGGCUGCAGGUGGUUGGUUUGGGAAGUUUAGAUGGGAGCUAACAGAAGGAGUACUGUGUCAGAAAUCGCCAAAGGCUUUAGUCUCUCCUGAGGAAGUCCGUGAUAAUUGGGAACAAAUAAUAGAUUUUAAAGGGGCUCAUCAUCCAGCAUCCACUCUUGAAGAUAGUGCAUUACUUGCAAGGAUUUUCCAAAGGAAUAGCGAGAAGCAAAAUGUCAAGUCUAACUCCACGGCUGCUGCUUCACACUCAGUGACUGGACCUCUCUCUGCUCUUGGGGUAAAAUUGAAACCAAGUAGCUUCACAUAUGGCGCAAAGGAUGUAAUCUUAUAUGCUCUUGGAGUUGGUGUAUCUACAAAGGAUGAGAAUAGCCUUCAAUACUUGUAUGAGAACAGUGAAGACUUUAUGCCACUACCAACCUUUGGUAUCGUGCCUUCACAAGCAUCUGCCAUGGGUGGAGAUCUCUUUAGUAAUAUUCCUGGGUGGUCAGUUGAUCUUACAAAGCUUCUUCAUGGGGAAAUGUAUAUAGAAAUUUUCAAACCACUUCCAACAAGUGCCACUGUAAACACAGAAGUAGAAGUUGUGGAUGUUUUAGACAAGGGUUCUGGAGCUGUUCUUAUCUAUGAUACAUUGACAAAAGAUGAGAAAGGGGAACCAAUUUGUCGAGCACAAUGGUCGCUGUUCAUAGUUGGUGAUGGAAAUUUUGGUGGUCCAAGGAAGAGUAGCAAAGCAGUACCUCUGUAUGAUGCCCCCCAGCGAAAACCAGAUGCCACUGAAGAGGUCAAGACGGGCAUUGAUCAGGCUGCUCUGUACCGUCUUAAUGGUGACCGUAAUCCUCUCCACAUUGAUCCUUCCUUUGCUGCCAUGGGUGGUUUCAGUCAACCCAUUCUACAUGGACUUUGUUUCUAUGGCAUUACUGCUAGAAUCAUCAUGAAGAAUUUUUGUGGGAAUGAUGCCAGGUUGUUUAAGGCAAUGAAGACUCGUUUUGCUAAACCAGUGAUUCCCGGCCAGACACUUGUAGUCGACAUGUGGAAAGAGGGUUCACGGGUUUUCUUUACCACCACUGUUAAGGAAACAAACCAAGUAUGUCUUUCAGGUGGCUAUGUGGAUAUUGUUGACGAGGAUCGUCAGAGUCCUUCCACUUCUAGCCCUGUGCAGUUACUCAGCACUGCUGUGUUUCGUGAAAUGUCAGAGAGACUGGCAAGUACUCCUGGUACAGCUGAAAAGGUUAACGCUAUAUUCUUGUGGAAUAUAAACAAGAACAAGACAAAAGCUGCACAGUGGACCUUGGAUUUGAAGAAUGGCCAAGGUUCAGUGUAUGAAGGCACACCCAAGAAUGGAGAGAGGCCAAACGUAACACUGACACUAGAAGAUGAUGACAUGGCUGCUCUGAUGACUGGGAAGUUAAAUGCACAAAAGGCAUUCUUGUCUGGCAAACUAAAAGUUUCAGGCAAUGUGAUGCUCACACAGAAGCUGCAGACACUCUUGAAACCACAAGCCAAGAUGUGAGGACUAAGUGAUGGAGCAGGAGUGAGAGUUAAGAAAUUAAUGGAUGUGGUUUAUUAGUUCAAAUAUUUGGGAUUCUGUUGCUUGAUUAGAUAUAUAGUAUUGUUAUUGCAGAGCUUUUAAAUGCUAUAUAUAUAUAUAUAUAUAUAUAUAUAUAUAUAU